CUAUGUGUAUGUGUACAGAUCUGUGUGUGCGCGCGUGCGUGUGUAUAUAUGUGUAUGAGUGUGUUGUGUGUUUACAUUCGGGCAGUAUUUUGCCAUUUAUCAACUUUGAUCAAACAUGAUCACAUCCACUGAAACAAAAUUAGCAAUGACGACAGAAAUACUGUGACAAAAGCCAUAUCUUGCACACGCAUACAGUACUGUGUACACUAUAUGGCCGAAGGUGAGGACUCCUGACCGUAUGUCCCUGUUGAACAUCGCAUUGUUGAGCUCGCGUUGUGCACAGGUGCAUCGCCAUGCUGGAACAGCUGUGUGGAUGGAGUCUUCGCGGGGGGUUGGCGGUCUUUCCCGCGAGUAUAAACUGGUAAUGCUGGGCGAGGGAGGAGUGGGUAAAAGCGCCAUCAUCAUGCAGUUUAUCAGUCACCGGUUCCCUGAGGAUCACGACCCGACUAUAGAGGACGCCUAUAAGACGCAGAUCCGCAUUGAUGACGAGCCGGCGAACCUGGAUAUCUUGGACACAGCAGGACAGGCCGAAUUCACAGCCAUGCGUGAUCAGUACAUGCGUGCUGGCGAAGGCUUCAUCAUUUCAUACUCCAUAACGGACCGGCGCAGCUUCCAGGAGGCUCGCCACUUCAAGCAGCUGAUCUGCCGUGUGCGGCGCACAGUGGACACGCCAGUGGUGCUCGUGGGAAACAAAUCUGACCUCACACACCUGAGACAGGUGUCAGUAGAGGAGGGAAAGGAGCUGGCGAGGGAGUUCCAGUGUCCGUUUUUCGAGACGUCCGCAGCGUUCCGUUACUACAUCGACGAGGUUUUCGCUGCUCUGGUGCGUCAGAUCCGGCAGCGCGAGGCCGAGGUGGUUCGAAGCGGAGAGAGAAAGACGCGACGCAACCGAUCGCUCUGGAGCCGCCUUAAAGCGCCCUUCCGCAAGAAACAGCACUCCGAGCAUUGAGGUGGCUGAUGGGAUCCCGGCGUCCUCCGACGACGACGAGGAGGAAAUCACUGUCGUGGUUUUCGGAUCUGUAAACCUGUUACCUCCACCCUGUCGAGAGGUGGUUCCUGAACUGUUCACCUAGAUAGUUUAUUAUAGGAUUUAUUUUGAUGAAGCACUCUGAAUCGUUUGGUUAUGUUCGAUCAGACACCAGCCUUCUACGUGCAGGACACACUUACAGCCAAGGUAUAUCGGCUACUUACUGUUACUCGUUACACGAGGACUAUAGCGGGAUUCUUCACAAUACUGUAUUUAGCGGAAACGUAUUAAACUCGACAUUAGUCACAGGGAGCAUAGCUUUUGACGUCGGCUUUCAGGAGAACUGUAGUACCUCCGAUUCUUAACCAGCGGGACGAAGCACGAAGGUCGUGGAGAAGUGAGGCUGUUUUAGGGACCGAUGUGAAGAAGGAGAGUUGAUACCAGGGUCUGAAAUUACAUGGGAUUUCUCCACCAAACACCGCGGCAGUAAACGAGGACGUUUUUUAACCAACCCGACUCUCCCAUCAUUGUGAUGAAACGCUCGCAGUCCUGUUACCGCCGUCGUAUCGUCACGCACUUGUUCUAAACGCUCACUUGAAAAGGAGAAAGUACAUCCACAUCAGAUCAGAUCAGUCAGACCAUUUCGUAAAAUAUACAUCAUUUCAUUCUUUCACUUUCAUUCUAACGUACAUCCUAUCGGGUGUGCGCUCCGAAAUUUCUUCAGUUCCCCAUUCAUGACUUUUGUUGUGUUUUGGGGGGAAAAAACAAGCUUACUGUAGUAUCUUAUCCUGUCAUUUAAUAUAUGGUGAGGGAAUGUAGUUAUGUACAGUUUGCUUGUUCUGCGACGCUAAAUAUAUAUAUAUAUUAAUCAGUCCGUACAGGAUUUCGCAGAGUUUCUUUGUUGAAUUGGCGAAAGAGUUUUGCGCGGUCUUUCACGGUGAUGUUUGCUGGUAAACGAGACCUUUUAUCUGUACACGUGAAUCGAAAAGGGCUUUGGCCGAACGCGCGCCGUGACGACGUCACCCGAUGCGUCUCGGCACCAAACCCGUGGCGAUUCCGAAAGAAUUGCACGCUCCUCUGAAUGUUGCGGAGUUUGCUCGAUUUUUGCGUUCAUUUCUAGGAUGGCGAAAUCCUGGAGGGACCGAUGAUACAGCUCGUACCUUUUAAAUAAGAUAAAAUAAAUAAAACCACUGGGCAGUGAACAUCCACAAGCAAGAACAGCAGCAGUACCGAUCGCUACGCACACAACGGAGACACGCUACAAAACAAACGCUGACGCUUGGGUGAAGUCCCGACUCGAUCAGAGUGCUCGAGAAAUUGGGGAUUUUCGUUGCUUUAGUUGCGCUUCCUGGUUUCAUACACGCAGCGAAAUCAAAAGAGAAAAUCAGAAACUGACUGCCACGAUGGAGAACCAAGAUGGAGAACCAUUUCAGACCCUGGCGCCAGAGCCCAUAGUAGGCUUCAGAUUUGGCUGAAAAGAAUUUUAAGAGUGUUCAGAGAAUGUGAGGAAAAGAGAUGAAAAGAGAGAGAGAUGUAGUUUAAAUAAUACACAGGCUGUGUUCAAUAGGUCGAAGGUUCGUUUGCAGUAGAAUAAUGGAUUAUGUAACGUUUUCUUUCAUGCUGGUUCUGGUUUUAUUUUAUUCGUCUCGGUCGGGUUAGCUUUGCAGAUGUGGAUCGCAGGUUUGCAGGCGGGGUUUCAGGGGCUGUAGGUAAUAUGGUUUAUAUCCCAAAUAGCUCCCAGUUUGGUGUAGAAGUCACACUAUCAAACCCUGUGGACUUAAAUGGGAAGUAGGGAGUCAUUUGGUCUGAGGCUCAUUUGCAAAGUGGUGUUAUUUUUGGCACAGAGCAGUGCAACACAGACGGGGGGGGAAAGUCCGGAGACACACAGCGUAGGAACGCACAUGAUAUAUGAACUCUUAAGAUCAGGCCAUGAUUCUGGUCUAUUGGUAGCUCUUUGGUGUUCACAGUUUUUUAAAAAGAAUAAAUAAAUAAACCAAACCUUUAAAAGGUUUAAAAGGCAUGAUUCAUCCAAACACACUGGAAUUCAUCUCACAUGUCUGGGAUUAGUCACGAUGAGAGACCUCACAGCACACAGUAAGACAUUUCGGGGUUAUUAACGUGCCUGUUCUGCAGCCAAGAUCGUCAUGAAGAUGUAUUGCUCAGCUCUAACGGGACUCGAACUUCUUUACCGCCUUUACGUUUCAUACAUACGGCUGUUCCUGUUGUAGAGUGUUUCAGUACACACAGGUCUGACUUCUAGAUGGCGUACAAAUGUGACUCCUUUAUAGUUUUCCUUUUUAUCAAUGUUGUGCAAUUACUACACGUAAAAUCUAAAAUGGUAUGUCUGAUUAUUGUUAGGGGUUUUUUUUUGUUUGUUUGUUUGUUUAAUUGUGAGAUUUUUGUUUCUCAGUUGCGUGAUCAUGAAUACUAUAUUUUCCUUAAUUUAUUUUCAUGAGAGAUUCUUGAAUAAAAUGGGCAUAGCUGA